GAUCCAACGGUGCAAUCUUCCGGAACGCUCACUUGAACAGACUGCCCUGCUGCAGAAACGAAAAAUCUGCAGCUCCUCUUCACUUCUCUCUUUUUUUCUUAUCUCUUCUCUUUUCUUGAUUCUCUCUCUCUAGGAAGAUGAAAGGCUGUCACCACUUUUUACUUUUAAGUAGACAAUAACUCUCUAUUUUAAAAAUAGAGGAUCUUCUAGAAACCAACCAAAACUCAAACUCAAACCGGUUAAUCCAACCACCAUAUGAGUUGGACCAACCCAACACAACUCAAGAGGGCAAGGAUGGUAUCAUUAGUUUGCAAAGGAAGCUGAUCUCCAACAUAAUGAUGACAAGGGAUUCUGAUCCAGGGUCUGUUGAUGAUGUUCAUCGAGGAAGGAAGCUGAUACAAGAUAGAGUUUCUCAGUUCAAAGUUCUUAUCGUUCUCGAUGACGUGGAUGAGAGGUUCGAUUUCAGGGAAGUUCUGGGAGAUCCUCGGAAAUUCGUCUCUGGAAGUAGAUUUAUCGUUACUUCCAGAAAUACGAAAGUCUUGAGGUCUCUCAAUGAAAACCAGUGCAGGUUGUAUGAAGUUCGGCCGAUGAAUCGUAAACUCUCACUUCAACUCUUUUGCAUAAGCGCGUUCCAAGGGAAUGCUCCUCUGCCGGGUUAUGAAACUUUAUCGCAAGAAAUUGUACAAAGAACUGAAGGAGUCCCUUUAGUUCUUAAGGUUGUGGGUUCCAGUCUCCUGAGGGAAGAAAAGUCAUUUUGGGAGGACACACUAUUACGCUUAGGGAAAAUACCUCACAAAGAGAUCAUAAAAAGGUUGAAGAUAAGUUAUGAAUCAUUGGAUUACGAGGCUAAACAAGUGUUUCUUGAUAUUGCUUGUUUCUAUAUUGGCAUACGCAAGGAUUUUCCUUCUUACAUGUGGAGUGAUCUUGGUUUUCAUCCGGUGACAACAAUUACAAUUCUUACUCAAAGGUCCCUGCUUAAAAUUGGGGAUGAGGGUGACCUUCAAAUGCAGGACCAACUAAGAGAUAUGGGGAGAGCGAUUGUUCGUGAGGAAAAUAUUGAACAACCAUGGAUGAGGAGUAGGGUAUGGGAUAAGAAAGAAGCUACGGAGCUAUUACAAAACAUGAAGGGAUCAAACCAAGUUAAAGCGCUUGUUGUAGACGACGCAUAUGACAACGUUGGAAAGCUUAAACGCCAACAUUUCGUGACUUUACCAGAGCUAAGAUAUUUCGAGGCACAACAAGUUGAGUUCAUUGGAGACUUCAUCAACAUUCUUCCAAAUAUAAGAUGGCUUUGCUUGCCUCUGCAUAAAAAUGAAGGUCUCCAUCCGAUCAAUUUUCCCAUGGAGAAUUUGAUAAUUCUUAAUCUCAAUUGCUCUUCAAACUUACAAGAUGAUUGGGGAGGUUGGAGUCAAAUUAAGAUGGCGAAAAAACUGAAAGUUAUGGACCUUUCUGAUUGUCCUUCUCUGACCAAACUCCCCGAUUUUCCAGAAUCAGGGAGUUUGGAGUGGCUUGACGUUUCAAAUGUCAAUGGUUUGGAUUCAGGUGUGGAGUUGGAUGUUGGGAAUUUAUGGAACCUGAAAUUGUUGCAUCUGAGCAACAUCAAAAUAGGGAGGAUAACUGGUGGAACGAUUGGAACCAUGAAGAGGCUUGAAGACCUUGAUCUUAAUGACUUGGAGUGCGACAAUCUCAUGGAAGUGCUCGUUGAUAUCGGGGAACUGACUUGUCUUGAGAGAUUGCAAAUCACAAGAUCCGAGAAAGCUAUCAUGGACUACCAGUUAUCAAAAGAAGAAGAAGAAGAAGAAACAACCAGUAGUAGUUAUGAUGAUGAUGAAGAAGAAGAAGAUAAACAAAUUAUUGCUGCACAAAUGGAAGCAAGUAGUAAUCAAGAAGCUGAAGGAGGAGUAGUGCUUGGGAAGCUUCCCACAAGUCUGAAAUUGCUAUACACUUCGUACAAAGUUGUUAAUCUAUGGGAGCUGCUGGAAUUGGAGGAUUUGUUCGUUCUAGAUUCUAAUUCUGAGCUCAAAAUCCCUCCGGCCGACGAGGAUUCAUGGUGGAAGGUAUCUAAAUUGAAGUCCAUGAUGCUUAAAAAAACCAAGAUAGAAGUUGUCCCAACAACUAGCACGUCACAAUCUUCUUCUUCUUCUUCUAGUUCUUCUUGUAUGCUCCCGUCGUCUUUAACUUCGCUCCUCGUUUGGGAUUGUUUGGAGUCGGUGUGGCUCCCGACCUUGGAGAACCUUGAAAAUUUGGUCCACGUGGCGAUCAAGGAGUGUAGCUAUUUGGGAGAGAUCCAAGGCCUCGAGAAUCUGUUGCAGUUUAAUAAGCUGGAGACAUUGGAGCUCACGUCUUGCCCGCUUCUCACAUCGACAUUCCUCCGAGGUAGUGCUGGCACCGCCGCCGGCAAGAUCGUCAUCGAAUCUUUGCGGGAAUUGUGUAUCCGCAAGUGCGGCGGCGGCAUCCCUCAUCUGCCAAGCUUCCCCAGGCUAACGACGUUGGAAAUUGGGCCCCUAACGCCUCCUGAUAAUGAUGAUCAGGGAAUGGAAUCACAACUGGAGGGGAUUGCGCGUCUGGAAGAGCUGGAAAGGCUGAGGUUGUCUGAACUGGUGUUCGUAGAGAGACUUCCCUCAUUCUCAAAGCUGCAAAAGCUAGCUUUUCUAGUCAUCAGCAAUAUGCCGAGACUGCGUGAGAUUCAAGGCCUUGCUGAGUUGAAGUCUUUGGAGAGGUUGAUACUUGCAGGCUGCACUUCUUUGGAGAGACUGAUAUUGCCCGCUGCUGCAGCUGGUGAUCAUCAUUUGAAGGAAUUGGAUAUUCGAGGAUGCAACAACUUGCCUCCUGGUGACCUCUCUGCUCUCAAGGCCAAUCUGCCAGAUGUGCGUAUCAGAUGGCCGCAUGAGCCGUGCAGAAGUCGCCGAGAGAUACCGUCGGUUUUCCGAGGACCUGAACUCUGGCGAAUGGUCCCGGAGGAUUAAGAAUGAGUGGAAUUGAAAAUCUUGGAUUGAUGAGAGGGAUUGGUACGUACGUAUUUAUUAAAAUGUAUGUAAUGUGAUGGAUCAUGAAUCGUGUGGUUGUUAAAAUAUGUGUGAUGCGUCAGAGUGUGCAUUUGAAAUAAAAGGUAUAUGUAUAUAUGUAUGAGAGUGGAUUGUUAAAAUAUGCUAGGUAUAGUUUUGUUGGUUGUGAUUGGGAGGGUGAAAUUCAUAAUUUUUUUAUUGAACAACUAUGUACAUAUAAUGUGCUUUUUGUUGGUUGUGAUUGGGAGGGUUCAGUAAAGGAAAUGUUGACAAGAAACUUUUUAUCAAGAAAGAAAACACUGAUACAUUAAUUGUGCAAAUCUAUGUUGAUGACAUAGUUUUCGGAUCAACUAAUCCAUCUACGAGUACCAAGUUCUGUGAAACAAUGAAAUCUAAGUUUGAGAUGAGUAUGAUGAGAGAAUUAUCUCAUUUUCUAGGCCUACAAAUUAAGCAAUCAGACUCGGGAAUAUUCAUCAGUCAAACCAGUUACACUGAAUCAAUACUUAAGAAAUUUGACAUGUAUUCAGUCAAUACUAGUGCAACUCCUAUGGACACUAACUUAAAAUUAGACAAGGAUGAGGGAGGUAUCUCCUUUUGUGAAAGAAAAUACAGAGGAAUGAUAGGGUCUCUCCUUUACUUAACGGCCAGUCGACCAGAUAUCCAAUUCAGUGUAGGGUUGUGUGCCAGAUUUCAAUCAAGCCCUAAAGAAAGUCACUUCAAAGUUGUUAAACGAAUCUUUAGGUACCUUAAAGGAACCAUAGAUAUUGGAUUAUGGUAUCCUAUAUCCAACUCAUUUGAGUUAAUCGGAUACAGUCACUCAAAUUUUGGAGGAAGUCUAGUAGAUAGAAAAAGCACUUCAGGAACUGUCCAACUACUUGGUCCAUCACUUGUGUCCUGGUUUAGCAAAAAACAAGGGGCAGUAGCACUCUCUACUGCUGAAGCAGAAUAUAUGGCUGCUGGGAGUUGCUGUGCUCAAAUAAUGUGGAUGAAAGCUCAAUUAUCAGACUAUGGUUUCAAAUUAAAAGACAUCCAAGUAUGUUGUGACAAUACUAGUGCAAUAAGUAUGACAAAAAAUCCAGUUCAACACUCAAGAACCAAGCACAUUGAAAUAAAGUAUCAAUUCAUAAGAGAACUUGUCCAAGCUGGUCAUAUUAAAUUACAAUUUGUGGCAACUGAAUAUCAGUUGGCUGAUUUGCUAACAAAACCCUUGGCCAGUGAGCGUUUUCUACAACUCUGCACAGAAUUAGGCUUAAAAUCCUUAAGUCAUAUUAAAAAUCUUCAAAACUAAGUACCUCUUUGGGUUUCUAUCUUGCAUGCAUUGGUGCAGCAAAUCAUGAUUGUGAAUAUAUCAACCAAAAAAUAAAAAUAAACGAGUUGAUUGGUUCUUUCCUUCUCACUACCUUUUGCGUGUCUUGGUUUAACAAAAUAAAUGCUCCUUUUCGGCUCAUGCUUGCCUCGACUAAUACAUGUAUGCUUUUACU